CACCACACUCACCUUUUUCAAUUCUUCUCCCUUUCACAAAUCUGUUUCUUUUUUAUUAUUUUUUUUUUAUCUUUUUCAUUACUUUGUAGUUUUUCCUUCCAAAAUUUGAAAAUCUCAAAUCAGAUCCAAAUUCGAAUUUGAAGAAGAGUAGCACUUGAGAGCGCUCUCCCAACCCUAAGUCCCCGCUCUCCGUAAAUUCUUGCCGGAUUCAGGGUUUUCCCUCCUUCGGUGGCGGCGGCGGCGGCGGAGGGAUCCUUCGCUCGCUAAAUGGAAGGCGGAGGGAGGCGGAUCACGGUAAGUCCGCGGCCUUGCUGCGGCAGGCGCGUGUUGGCGAAGAAGAGGCCGCGUCUCGUGGACGGCUUCGUUAACAGCGUCAAGAAGCUUCAGCGCCGUGAAAUCAGCUCGAAUCGUUACCGUGCUUUCUCCAUGACCGACGCGCAAGAGAGGUUUCGCAACAUUCGCUUGCAGGAAGAAUAUGAUACACAUGAUCCAAAAGGUCCUUCUACUGCUGUAUUGCCAUUUCUGAAAAAGAGGUCAAAGAUAAUUGAGAUUGUAGCAGCACGGGACAUUGUUUUCGCACUUGCACAAUCUGGUGUUUGUGCAGCAUUUAGCCGAGAGACCAAUGAAAGGAUAUGCUUCUUGAAUGUCAGUCCUGACGAAGUCAUAAGGAGUUUGUUUUAUAAUAAAAAUAAUGACUCGCUUAUCACAGUUUCUGUCUAUGCAUCAGACAGUUAUAGUUCUUUGAAAUGCAGAAGCACAAGGAUUGAAUAUAUAAGAAGGGUCAAACCAGAUGCUGGCUUUGCACUUUUUGAAUCCGAGUCAUUGAAAUGGCCAGGUUUUGUAGAAUUUGAUGAUGUAAAUGGGAAGGUACUCACGUACUCUGCUCAGGAUAGCAUAUACAAGGUGUUCGACCUGAAAAACUAUACAAUGUUGUACUCCAUUUCAGAUAAAAACGUACAAGAGAUUAAGAUCAGUCCAGGGAUUAUGUUGUUGAUUUUUGCUAAAUCAAGUAGCCAUGUCCCACUUAAAAUCCUUUCAAUAGAAGAUGGUACUGUAUUGAAAUCAUUCAAUCAUCUCCUUCAUCGGAAUAAGAAGGUGGAUUUCAUUGAACAAUUCAAUGAAAAACUUCUUGUUAAACAAGAAAAUGAGAAUCUCCAAAUUCUUGAUGUACGGACUUCUGAGCUAACAGAAGUUAGCAGAAGCGAAUUUAUGACACCAUCUGCUUUUAUCUUUCUAUAUGAGAACCAAUUAUUUCUGACAUUUCGAAACCGGACUGUGGCUGUGUGGAACUUCCGUGGAGAACUUGUAACUUCUUUUGAAGAUCACCUCUUGUGGCAUCCUGACUGCAAUACAAACAACAUAUACAUAACCAGUGACCAGGAUCUCAUAAUAUCAUACUGCAAGGCUGAUUCUGAUGAUUCACUUUCUGAAGUAAAUGGAUCUAUUAAUGUCAGCAACAUUUUGACUGGCAAGUGUCUUGCAAAGAUAAGGGCCAGUAAUGGCUUUCCCGUGAUGAAGGAAUGCAGUUGCGUUGAUGAAAAUUGCUCAUGCAGUGGUUGUAAUUUAGGUAAGCGGAAGCAUUCCUCCAGAAUUAGGAGCACAGUUGCAGAAGCCUUGGAAGACAUUACUGCACUAUUUUACGAUGAAGAGCGCAACGAGAUUUAUACUGGCAAUAGGCACGGUCUGGUUCAUGUCUGGUCGAACUAAUGUACUAUGAAAAUUUAUUAUUGUUUUUGUUUUUGUUUUUUAUUAGCAUUUAUCCAUGAUUGUGGUGAUAGUUCUCACUUGAUAUAAAGUACCUUUGUGAUAGCUGUAACCAUUAAGUGUCAAUUGUAUCAUUCUUUUUUUUAGGGGUUGUUUUGUCAUCCAUCCCUUGGUGGCAACAACCCUGUAUCAAGUGAUACUUUAUGUUGGUAGCUCACCACCUGUUUAAGCUGUAAUCUAUAUUUGCAUUGAUGAAAUCAGCUCUAUGUAGUGAAAUAUGUGAAUAAUGUUCAAUUUUCUCUACCCAUUUCUUUUUCUUA